GACACUUGGAAAGGGACCAUUCGCAAAAUGAGUACUUUUACUUUUGAUAUUUCUAUACUUUUACGGAAGUAAAAUUUUGAAUAUAGGACUUUCACUAUAGUAAAUAGCAAAAUAUUUUUACAUAGUGGUAUUGCUACUACAGGAUCUGAAUAUCAUUGUACCACACCAGUGACAGAUCAGUAAACCCUCACCUCUUUUAACAUUUUCACAUUUUACCACUCACAGAAUAUAUGGGAAAUCAAGACAUUGUUUUACAAGAUCACUUUACUUUUAAUGACUGUAUUUUGUACUUGAUGUAAAACAUUUAACACCAUGUCCCAAAGGUUAACUUUGAAUUAGUCCAAGGGGAGCUGUAUUGUUACCAGGGUCUGCACAGGUGAGGAAAGCCUGUUGUCAGUAUUAGCUGAUAAGAACGCGACCGUUGUAAUGUGUACCUCCUGCUAUUGUGCUGACUGGACUCUCACUCCCUUCCUCCUCCAACUCUCCUAUGCCUGUUUGUGAUUUACUUUCAGUAAAGAUCAUCAGCUUUAUCCGAGGAGGGCUUUGAGCCAGUUCCCUGAGUGGGACAAGGACCCGCUUCACUAACUGAUGAUCCAACUGGUCUCCAACUGUGACUAGUCUGACGUUAGCGGGUAUUAGGUGCAUGCUGGAAAACGAGUGUCAGACCAUAUUGACGUAUCAGCCUUGUGCGUCGAUAGAAGUUGAACAUUUCCUCUCCCACAUGUUCUCAUGGGGGUGUUUUGUUUCCCGCCUCUCCCUGUUUUACAGAUAAAGAGCACAACGCUCUGAUUUUCCAUCUUAUUGCCAUAUAUAUACUUCAUAGAGACACUGAGGGAGGGGGAGAGACAGACAGAGGGACAGAUGGUCAUGGUCAUUUAGACCAUCUCUCUCUCACACAUAACCAGUGUCAGUGUCAGACAGGCAAUUCAAAGCCCUGCACAGUGGAUUAUACAGUACAAUGGUAGUAACUUAUUAUGGAAGCAACUGCUCAUGGAUUACACUUGAAGGCAGAUGAGAGGUGUGACUUUUCACCUCUAGUGCACCCUCCUUCUCUCCUCCCUCUUUGUGUGUCAGGUGUGUGUUUGGCCUGUGAGCAGUGAUGGGGGACUGGAGUCUCCUGGGGAAUUUCCUAGAGGAGGUCCAGGAACAUUCCACCUCGGUCGGGAAGGUCUGGCUCACCGUCCUCUUCAUCUUUCGCAUCCUGGUGCUGGGCACAGCAGCCGAGUCCUCCUGGGGUGACGAGCAGAGCGAUUUCCUGUGUGACACUCAGCAGCCCGGUUGCACCAACGUGUGUUAUGACAGCGCCUUCCCCAUCGCCCACAUCCGCUACUGGGUACUGCAGAUCGUUUUUGUCUCCACGCCGUCCCUCAUCUAUAUGGGCCACGCAAUGCACAUCGUGCGAAGGGAGGAGAAGCAGCGGAGGAAGGAGCAGGAGGAGAGGGAGGUGAGAGGGGAAGGUGGAGACCUGGAGGGGGAGAAGGAGUACCUCCAGCAGAAGGAGAGUGGAAGAAUGAUGGCAUCUGAUGGGACAGGCCAUGUACGCCUGAAAGGAGCGCUGCUGCAGACUUACAUCCUGAGCAUCAUGAUUCGUACAGUGAUGGAGGUGACAUUUAUAGUGGUGCAGUACCUGAUCUAUGGGGUGUUUCUCAGGGCGUUGUACCUGUGCAAGGCCUGGCCCUGCCCUAACCCCGUCAACUGCUACAUGUCCCGGCCCACAGAGAAGAACGUCUUCAUCAUCUUUAUGCUGGUGGUGGCCGCUGUGUCUCUGCUGCUCUCUGUGUUGGAGCUGUACCACCUUGGCUGGAAGAGCGCCAGGAAGUGUGUACGCAACAAGGCGAUGCAGAGGAGCAACCACAAAGCUGUGACGGUGGCCGUGUCUGCAGCCUUGGAGCCCAACAGCCCACCUCGGCCGUCGGCGUCCUGCACCCCUCCUCCUGACUUCAGCCAGUGCCUGGCAGCCCCGAGCUCAGUGAACCCCAUGACCUCUAUGGCCUCUCAUCCCUUCAACAACAGGAUGGCGCUGCAGCAGAACUCAGUCAACUUGGCCACCGAGCAGCAUCACAGCUGCGACAACCUGGAGGACGAGGAAGACUUCCUGAGGAUGAGAUACGACCAAGCACCCACAGAGCUGCCCAACAGCUGCUCCCCAUCGCUUCUGCUGCACUCUGGCUACAUGAAGGACAAACGCCGCCUGAGCAAGACCAGUGGGACCAGCAGCCGGGCUCGCCAAGAUGACCUGUCAGUAUAGACUCACAACCAGAAAGAGUGGCUGAUGAGGGGGGCAGGAGGGGAAGGGCUGGACCUUCAGAACCAAAGAGAAGGGACAGAAAGAUCAGUUUAGGAAGACACCAAGAGGAGUCUGAGUGUUAUUUCUGAGUGAAGGGGUCAGAACGUGAGCACAGGCUAAUUAUGCAAACUCUGGCACUGAAGCCUGACACUUGACUACAGAGGUUGGACUAAAUGUUCACUUUAGUAAGAGACACUGAGAUCUGUGAGUGGACCAUGUAAAUCUGACGUGUGAGCGCUGUGAGCAGAUAGUGUUUGUGAACUAAUCUGUCCCAGAGCUUGAAAAACAGACAACCAAACUGCAAAAGAAAAAUCUAUUUUGAAAUGGAAACAGGGUAACAGGUGUGAUACCUUCCUAUUGCACAUAUUAUGUUUCACUUAAACAGUUAAAGCCAAAAACUAAGACAGAUAAAUAGACUAUUAAGUGAGAAUAACGUGAUGCUUGGUGUGAGAUAACUUAGGGAAUCAUUUCAUUAUAAAGCAAAUUAUGACACACAUCUCAACUAUUCAAUUAAUCAUAGAUUAGGUUGUGACUUUAAAUAGCACAACCAACCACCCCCCAACCAUAUCUCUUUCCAUAUAACAUAUUUCUAUAUUUAUUAUUCCAAAAGUCAUGGCAAAGACUGUAAAUUUAAACUAAGCCAUCUGUUACUUGCUAACAUGGUUGCACUAUGCCUGCAAGUCAACAAACAUAAAAUGCAACUCAAUAAUUAUCACUACAAUCUAAAAAAGUGUGAGUAAAACUCACAUUAUUAGUUAUAUAUUUGACAGGAGCCUUUGUGUGCAGAAGAGAUGAGAGAGUGUAGCCUGUUUCCUUUUCAAAAGGGAUUCAAGGGAAAGAAAAAGAAGAGGCACUGCUUGGAUGCUGUUAUAAGGAGAUCCAGCCACUGGGUGGCAACAUUGCACUUCAGUUUCUCUCCUGGAGCCAUUGUGUAAAUAGUGAAUUUAUCUCUAUGCAAUGUAUGUUUCAGUUGAUGUCUUUGAAUGUAUUUUAUUUCAUUUCCAGUGUCUUGUUCUUACUAUAUGCAGAAUAAUUCUACAGGUUGAGUAUGCCAGCAGUUUUUAAAUGAACAUUUACUGCAACUGUGGGUGUGAAGUUCAAUCCUACAUAUCUUCUACAGCAAACAUUCAUUUAAAAAACAGAAAUGUUCAGGCGACUGUACAUUCACUGCAGUUUUUGGUUCUUUCACACAGAUCUUUAUGCAAUAAAUGUCAUCACUAACCCAUCACAAAUUAAUAAAUCAACUGUACAAUCUGC